CAACGUUCCGUCCCCCCUCUCUCCUCUCUCUAGAAAUUUCGUUCUUGGCACGGAGCUGCAAUACCCUACGUCUCUCUCUCUCUCUCUCUCUCUCUCUCUUCAUUCUCUGCUUCUAGAGUUCGAUUCUUCAAUUCAUUCACAAUUUCACAACGAAUUUACUCAAUUUAUAUGUGUUUUUGAAAGCAAAAAUCAAUUUCGAGUAGGUGAUCAGUUUGAAUUUGUUCUUCACAGUCGAGAUCUACUUGGAUCACAAAUUUCUGAUUCGUACUUGAAUUUUUCCAGCUCUGCAGAAUUUAUUUGGUUUUGUGAGAGCUGGCACCAUCACUGGAACGAAUUUCAGAAAUUGAAAAUCUAAGGCUUGAAGGGAAAUUGAAAGUUAGUUGGGUCUUGUAUUGUGGGAAGCAAACAGUUUGGUGUUUUAGUUUAGUUUAAUUCACUUUUGUGAUCAAUCGAGUUGGAUAAGAUGGGACUUGGCUUAGUUUCUUUAUUGGCGAAGAUGGAAAUGGUAUCUACGUCUGAUUACACUUCGGUGGUCUCUAUAAACUUAUUUGUGGCACUUCUUUGUACGUGUAUUGUGCUCGGGCAUCUGUUGGAAGAGAAUCGUUGGAUGAACGAGUCCAUCACAGCCCUCAUAAUUGGUCUGUGCACUGGAGUUGUUAUUCUACUAACUAGUGGAGGAACAAAUUCACAUCUUUUAGUUUUCAGUGAAGAUCUUUUCUUUAUAUAUCUUCUUCCACCUAUCAUUUUCAAUGCAGGGUUCCAGGUAAAGAAGAAACAAUUUUUCCGCAACUUCAUGACUAUCAUGAUGUUUGGUGCAAUUGGUACUCUGAUAUCCUUUGCCAUCAUCUCAUUCGGUGCUAUGAAUUUGUUUAAGAAAAUGAAUAUUGGUUCCCUUGAUAUAGGAGAUUAUCUUGCAAUUGGAGCAAUCUUUUCUGCAACAGAUUCUGUUUGUACCUUGCAGGUUCUUAAUCAAGAUGAGACACCUCUACUGUACAGUCUUGUUUUUGGGGAAGGGGUUGUAAAUGAUGCCACAUCAAUUGUUCUUUUCAAUGCAAUUCAGAGCUUUGACCUAACUAAUAUCAACUCUAGCACAUUGUUGCAGUUAGUCGGCAAUUUCCUAUAUCUAUUUUUCACAAGUACCUUGUUGGGAGUUGCAGCUGGAUUGCUUAGUGCAUUCAUAAUCAGAAAGCUUUAUUUUGGCAGGCACUCUACUGAUCGUGAGGUUGCUCUUAUGAUGCUCAUGGCUUACCUUUCGUAUAUGUUGUCUGAAUUAUUCUUUUUAAGUGCGAUUCUCACUGUCUUCUUUUGUGGGAUUGUGAUGUCCCACUACACCUGGCAUAAUGUCACAGAGAGUUCAAGAGUCACUACCAAGCAUGCUUUUGCAACACUGUCAUUUAUGUGUGAGAUAUUUAUCUUUCUUUAUGUUGGUAUGGAUGCCUUGGAUAUUGAAAAGUGGAGAUUUGUAAGUGACAGCCCUGGAACAUCAAUUGGAGUCAGCUCAAUACUAUUGGGACUGAUUUUAGUUGGAAGAGCAGCCUUUGUUUUCCCAUUAUCAUUUUUAUCCAAUUUGACUCGGAAGUCUUCACAUGAAAAAAUUGAACUAAAGCAGCAAGUUACCAUUUGGUGGGCAGGUCUUAUGAGAGGUGCUGUUUCUAUAGCCCUUGCUUAUAAUCAGUUCACAAAGGGAGGCCAUACCCAAUUGCGUGCAAAUGCAGUCAUGAUCACCAGUACCAUCACAGUUGUUCUUUUCAGCACAAUGGUGUUUGGGUUGAUGACUAAACCUUUGGUGAGACUCCUGUUGCCUUCACCAAAUAACCUAAGCAGAAUGCUGUCCACCGAACCCACAACUCCGAAAUCCUUCAUUGUGCCACUCCUUGCCAACGGGCAAGGCUCAGAAGCCGAUCUUUGUAGCCCAACCGUGCCUCGCCCAAACAGCUUACGGAUGCUUCUGGCCACCCCUUCUCGUUCUGUCCACUACUAUUGGCGUAAAUUUGAUAAUGGUUUCAUGCGGCCCGUUUUUGGCGGGCGGGGUUUUGUACCCGUCCUUCCUGGUUCACCACCUGAACAAAGCGAUCACCAAUUGCAAUAAGGGAAACAAGAAGGGUAGCACAAAACUGAUUUUCAUCAGCAUUUUGUUGGUAGGAUUUGCAAUCGGCUGUUGAUUUGAGGUUUGUUGUUUGCUAAAAUCUACGAGUGUUGCAGUAUGGGGUCUUGAGGGCAUCAUAGAAUUUAUUCAUUAUGGUGGUUUCAAUUCAAUUUUAUCGAGGGUCAGCCAUUGAUUAAAGAGUUCAUUCAUGGCUCUCCCAUGAGGCUGGUUCACUCACUGCAUUUUUCCCCAGAAAAAUCAGAACUUUGCAUAUUUUUGUAUGACUGUUUUGUGUGGUCCAAGUUGUGCAUAUUACUCUCCCUUGUAAUUUUUGCUGGCUUUGCAGAUCAGCUAGGGGCACAGAAGAUUUUCACAGAAUGAGACACAGAUGUGAGACAAAGGUGUAGAAUCCAUCUUUUGUUUCACAUCUAUGUCCCAUUUUGUGAAAAUCUCUUGUGCACUUAGAUUUCAUUUACAGAUUGCAAUUUUGUCACUGUAAACUUGUUUGUUGUAUAUGUAAGUUAUAAAUUUGAUGAUAUUCUCAUUGCAAGUGUUCUUCGAAGUCAAUAAGAUGGUUCUUGGUGCUCCAGGUAUCGACUUUGUUA